AAUGCGUCUAUUAAGAGAGUUUCCUUGAUAAUCGAGUGUAACUUUAUUUCAUGUACUAUAAUUAUGUAUCUUUAUUUUUAUUUUUUUAUGCCCAAACCCCUCUCGACGCCAAAAAUGAACCUCGCACAAUCUCCUUUCUUGUCUCGUUUUACGCAAUGCCUAACAAAGCAAUGUAGGUCAUUAUUCCAAUCACAAGCUUUAAGCCACGCAUUCGAGUACCCAAAUCCUCGAAAUCGACCCAUCUAUUAUCCAAGUGCCUCCAUCGACCCCCAUUUCUCGCGCGAAGGCCCUAAAACCGAGCAAGUUGCGAGGAACUACUUUGUUUUGGGCGGAAGAGCGCGAGGGCGAGACACGCCUUUGCCAGAACAGCUGAUCAGAGCAAAACAAACCUCCACCGAAGUAGACGAGCGGCCGAAAGAAGGGGAAAAGAGGGAGAAAAAGCCGUUGUAGACGAGAGAGAGAGAGAGAGGAAGAUAUACAUAGUUCCGUUUUCAAAGAAAGAGGCUCAUUGAGGAUCAGAGUAAAGUAGAGGAGACGAUAAUAAGAGAGCGUCGACGAGAGGAGUCUCUCUGGAACGUCUACUGCAGGAGGAACCACCAUGACUGAGCCAGCACCUACGUCCUCUGCCUCGCCUUCCGUGGCUGAGAAGAGGUGCGAGGACACGGUGGAGGAGGAGGAAAUUGCCAUAAAGAAAAGGAGACUCGAGUCCUGCGAUAGAGAUGACCCCGAGAAUAAAUUAGAAGCGCGUCUGGGAGGCAUUUUGUGUUGCGCUGUGUGCUUGGACCUCCCUCGCUCGGCCGUCUACCAGUGUUCAAAUGGACAUCUCAUGUGUGCGGGAUGCUUCACCCAUCUCCUUGCCGAUGCCCGUAUUCGGGAUGAGACAGCCACAUGCCCCAAUUGCCGAGUGGAAAUAUCACGGUCACUCGCCACCAGGAAUUUGGCGGUAGAAAAGGCUGUGUCAGAGCUCCCAGCAGAAUGUCAGUUUUGCAGUCAGAAGUACCCACGCAACUCACUGGACCGCCACGAGAUGGAACUUUGCGAAGAAAGACCCGUGCACUGCCGAUACAAUGUGUUGGGCUGCGGGUGGAGGGGACCCCAUCACGAUGUCAGCAGUCAUGAGCAGCAGUGUCAGCACCCCUCCCACACGGGCGAACAGGUGUUUUCACAUCUCCAGAAGCAAGCAGAAACUGCCGAGGAGGAUUCAAAGACUUUCAAUCAGAUCAUGUCUGUCCUCUCCUUUGAAAAGAUUACUUUCAAUGACCUGCAGCUGAAACCUUACCGCACCGAUGAGUUCAUCCACAAGCUGUUCUAUGAAACGAGCCGAUUCUCAGCUUUGGGCUACCAGUGGGUGAUCAAGGCAAGACUUAAUGAUAACCAGAAGGACCCACAUCUGACAUGUAACAGGUUUAUCACAUACCAGCUGAUCGUCAAGAGUAAGCCAAGCAGCCCCAUGCUGGUCCAUUUCAUGAUGCUCCGAGGGCCUUUUGGGGACAUGCGAGUGGACCCCCACAUAUGUCAGCACGAGUUCACUGAGAGCAGCACAGAAAGUCCCUUCUUUGCACUGCCUUUGCCCGACAGUGCAGAAUGCAACAAACUCUUGGCUGCACGUACGAUAGACUUCAGGUUGAUGAUGGGCAUGGUGACCAAGUAAUUAGACAUUGAAGAAACAACUGUGUAAUGUUACAUCAAGCAAACUCCUUUUAUCUCCAGCUGCAUUUCCAUGUUUACGGUUAUAUACUUAAAUAUUUAGAUUAUCUUCUCCUUUUCUGCCUGACAUUUUUUCUUAAAACAGAUUGACUAAAGAAGCUUGAAAAAGGAAGGCAUUUGUGGAACUUUUUUUUUUUUUUUUUUCUUGCUUUUUUUCUUUUUUUUCCCCUUCCUCUUUUUCUCUUUUCUUUUCAUUAAUUUUUAUUUAAUGGAAUAAUCAUUAGAAAGGUAACUAGUUACAAAUGAGUGAUAUUUGAUAAGCUUUGACAUCACAAUCUUUACUCGGAAUGGAGGUGGAUAUUGGUAUUAGGUCAAGGUCGUGUGAUGAGAUGACAUAUAUAUAUAUAUAUAUAUAUAUAUAUAUAUAUAUAUAUAUAUAUAUAUAUAUAUAUAUAUAUAUAUCAUGUAUGUAUGUAUCUAUAUAUAAACUGAUUAUAUAAUAUGUAAGCCAACCUUGAUAUACUGCCUUCGGUGGAUAAAAUAUGUGAACAGAAUGUAAAUAGCCAAUAAUGAACAAAUAACAAAAGAUUUCCCAAAAUUGGAAGUGUUAAAUAUCAGUGCAUCCUCAUGUUCUAAAAUAACUUUCCCUCACUCUGCUAAAAGAUCUUCCUGUUUUCACUUAAUAAAACACUGGGAUACAAAAAUUUCUUGAGAGUGAAAUACCCAAGCCAUACUAAUAGAAGCUGAUAAUAUAAUACGUAAGCCAAUCUUUAUAUACUGCCUGUGGUAGAUCAAGUGUGUUAACAGGGUUGAGAGAGCCAUUAAUAAACAACUUUAACAAUUUCCCAAAAUUGUAACACAACUUAAAUUUUCUUUUUCUAUGCAUAAACCUAUAUCUAUGCAUGUACAGAAAUAUAUUUACACAUACACACACACACACACAUUUAUAUACAUAUGUAUAUACAAACAUAUAUAGAUAUGCAUAU